CAAGGGUGACAGCAAAUUGUUGUGGUUAUAGGGAACGGAAUUACAGACUAACAUGUUUCAUAAGUUUUUCGCGAUCGCUAGCCUCAACUGGAUAUCGCUGUCCAAUGGCUUCGUGUUCGGGCAGGUAGCCAGUGUGGUCAGCUCUCUACAGAAAAGAGAAGAUGGGAUAGAUCUUACCGAGGGACAGAUAUCAUUAAUAGCUUCCACUCUGACUAUAAUGUGCAUGGUUGGCUUCGCGUUGGCUGCAAUAGCCACAGAUAAACUCGGCAGAAGAUGGCCGUUCACAAUCUUCUCUAUAAUAAUCAUAAUCAACUGGAUCGUACUGUACUAUGCGAAAAACAUGCUUCACUUAAUGGUUUCCAGAGUUCUGGGCGGCGUUUCAGUUGGUGGCCUUGUUGUCUUGAUUAUAUUUGUAACAGCUGAGUACGUCCCGCCAAAUACAAGAGCGUUCCACUUGAAUAUGGCCACAACUGUUGCUUCUGCUAUCGGAACAAGCUUGGCACACAUCGUUGGCAUAUCACUGCAUUGGAGGAACGUAGCUUUAUUCGGAAUAUUACCAGCCUUCAUAUCAGUGUUUCUACCAUAUUUUUGGGUUGAAAGUCCGCACUGGUUAGCAUCGAAAGGAAGAUUCGAGGAGUCUCAGACCGCAUUCCGAAAACUGCACGGAAAAACAGAAGAUACAGAAAGAGAACUGAGUUUGUUAAUCAAAAUGGAGCAGAGCAAAUCAGACAUGGCUAAAGAAACCACAAAGAAAUCGACUGUUGAAAAGCUAUUGAUAAUUUUGAAGCGGAAAUCUUUCUGGGAACCUUUUAUUUUGAGUUUAUUCAUGCACGCAUAUUUGGCAGCGUCAGGGAAGUUAGUUUUCAGCACCCUAGCCCCUGUUAUGUUGGAACAAAUCACUGGGAAAUCUGAUGUUUUGCUUUUCACUUUAUUAGUAGAUGGAUUUCUGUUUGUGGGCGCUUGUUUAUCAUGCUUCUUUAUAAUGAGGACUAAUAUACGUACUUUGCUGUUCACGACAGGUUUUACAGCAAACGUCAUAUUGGUGAUAUUCAGUGGAUUGUACUAUUUUAGAAAUGGUGAAACCUAUUUCGAUUGGAUAAACGUGUCGUUGUUGGCAUUUUAUUUUAUAAUCAUAAACACUGGCCCAUAUCCCCUCUUGGAAGCUUUGUAUGGAGAAAUAUUUCCUUUGGAAUUGAAGGUGUACAUUUUUGCUAUAUCCGGCAGUAUUCUUAUGAUAGCUUUUAGUUUGACCAUAUUUCUUUUACCUUUUAUAGUUAGUGCUAUUGGGUAUCAUGGGUUGUUUUUGAUGAAUGCAGCUAUAAUGACUGUGAGUCUUGGGUCCAUAUGGCUAAGGUUACCAGAAACUAAGGGCAAAACUUUGCAAGAAAUCGAAGUGUAUUUCAAAGCAAAGACUUUUGAUAUCGAGGAAGUACUUAGUAAUGAACAAGCAAAGGCUUUAAUAUAGAAACAUAUGUGUGGGUCUCAUCAUCGUAAGAGAAUUCAAAGAUAU